GUCCCCGCCCCGAAAGCACUCGGCCCGCCGCGUCGAGCCGUCCUCUUUCCUUUCCUUCUCCCUCCCCUUUUCCCUUCCUUCGUCCCUUCCUUCCUUCCUUUCGCCGGGCGCGAUGGAGCCGGGGCGUCGGGGGGUCGCGGCGCUGCUGGCGCUGCUGUGCGUGGCCUGUGCGCUGCGCGCCGGGCGCGCCCAGUACGAACGCUACAGCUUCCGCAGCUUCCCACGGGACGAGCUGAUGCCGCUCGAGUCGGCCUACCGGCACGCGCUGGACAAGUAUAGUGGCGAGCACUGGGCUGAGAGCGUGGGCUACCUGGAGAUCAGCCUGCGGCUGCACCGCCUGCUGCGCGACAGCGAGGCCUUCUGCCACCGCAACUGCAGCGCCGCGCCGCAGCCCGAGCCCGCCUCCGGCCUCGCCAGCUAUCCAGAGCUGCGCCUCUUCGGGGGCCUGCUGCGCCGCGCGCACUGCCUCAAGCGCUGCAAGCAAGGCCUGCCAGCCUUCCGCCAGUCCCAGCCCAGCCGCGAGGUGCUGGCGGACUUCCAGCGCCGCGAGCCCUACAAGUUCCUGCAGUUCGCCUACUUCAAGGCAAAUAAUCUCCCCAAAGCCAUCGCAGCUGCUCACACCUUUCUACUGAAGCAUCCUGAUGACGAAAUGAUGAAGAGGAACAUGGCGUAUUAUAAGAGCCUGCCUGGUGCCGAGGACUACAUUAAAGACCUGGAAACCAAGUCGUAUGAGAGCCUGUUCAUCCGAGCAGUGCGAGCGUACAACGGUGAGAACUGGAGAACAUCCAUCACAGACAUGGAGCUGGCCCUUCCCGACUUCUUCAAAGCCUUUUACGAGUGUCUUGCGGCCUGUGAGGGUUCCAGGGAGAUCAAGGACUUCAAGGAUUUCUACCUUUCCAUAGCAGAUCAUUAUAUAGAAGUUCUGGAAUGCAAAAUACAGUGUGAAGAGAACCUCACCCCAGUUAUAGGAGGCUAUCCAGUUGAGAAAUUUGUGGCUACCAUGUAUCAUUACUUGCAGUUUGCCUAUUAUAAGUUGAACGACCUGAAGAAUGCAGCCCCCUGUGCAGUCAGCUACCUGCUCUUUGAUCAGAAUGACAAGGUCAUGCAGCAGAACCUGGUGUAUUACCAGUACCACAGGGACACUUGGGGCCUCUCGGAUGAGCACUUCCAGCCCAGACCUGAAGCAGUUCAGUUCUUUAACGUGACCACACUCCAGAAGGAGCUAUAUGACUUUGCUAAGGAAAAUAUAAUGGAUGAUGAUGAGGGAGAAGUUGUGGAAUACGUGGAUGACCUCUUAGAACUGGAGGAGACCAGCUAGCCCGCAGCAACCUAAGAGACUUCCUCCUGACGUUCAGGAAACACAGAUUCUUCGUCCUUUUCCCAACAGCCCAGGCUGUUGAUACCUCAGAGCCUUCCCUUUACUCUCCGAAGUGAAAGGGAAGCCCCCAUCUCUCUCACUACAUGUCACCAGGGGUGAGCCUGCCUUUCCCGUCUUCACACCUGCCACCUCGUGUUCACACCUAUCUUUCUUACCUUCUUUUUGAGAUGGAGUCUCGCUCUGUCGCCCAGGCUGGAGUCCUUUGGCACGUUCUCGGCUCACUGCAAUCUCUGCCUCCUGGGUUCAAGCGAUUCUCCUGCCUCAGCCUCCCAAGUACCUGGGAUUACGGGCAUGUGCCACCACGCCUGGCUAAUUUUGUAUUUUCAGUAGAGACGGGGUUUCGCCAUGUUGGCCAGGCUGGUCUUGAACUCUUGACUUCAGGUGAUCCACCUGCCUUGGCCUCCCACAGUGCUGGGAUUACAGGUGUGAGCCACCGUGCCCGGCCUCUUUCUCACCUUUACACCUGUCUUCUUAUCCUCACAUCUGUUUUCACACCUUCACCCCUGUCUUUCUCAUGUUCACACUUGUCUUCCCCGUGUUCAUACCUGCCUUUCUCACCAUUUUGGUUUGAAGGACAGUCUUCUCUGGCUUGUUUUUUUGUUUUGUUUCUUUUUUUUUCCCCCAGAAAAUCAGUAUUAUUUUUUAAAUAAGAAAAACAUUCCUAAAAGAUGAUAAUUGUGAAAACCUCCUUUGGCUUAUUUGCUCUUCCAGAUUUUAGUCUCCUUUCUCCCCAUCCAGGAAAGAUGGUGGAAGACAAAGGCUAAAUUUCUCCAGCCUCACAGUGGUCUUCACUUGGUCUGACUUGUACCAAUUCUAGUACCCACUGAAAAACAGGUUGAGUAGAGAGUGUAGAGUACAGAAAUGUGGCUUUUGCCCCACUUCGCAUCUCCAAAAUUACAACGGUUGGCCAAUCCCAUUUGGGGACAAUGCUUAGUUAUAAGUCUCCGAGAUGGAAAAAGAAGAAAGUCAGAGCUGUCUAGUUUCAUUUAUUCUUUCAGUAAAUGUUUAUUGAGUACCUACUGUGUGCCAGGCAUUGACCAGGGAACUACAGAUACUUCACCGAAUAACGGGAAAGUUCCCUGUGCUCAUGGAGCUUACAUUCUACAGGGAGAAAGAGAUAGCCAAUACAUAGGAAUAAAUAUAUACAAGGUAUCAUAUAGUGAUAAUUGCUAUGGAGAAAAAUAAAGCAGGGGAGGGAGUAAGAAAUCCUAGAGAUGAGGCUGCAGUUUUAAAUGGGGCCUCACUGGGAAAGUGACAUUAGAGCAGAGAUGGGAAGUGGAUCCUGGCCAAGGCAUUCGAGGCAGAGGAACAGGAUGUGCAGUGCCCCUGCUCUGCAUGGUCAGGGAAGAGCAGGGAGACCCAGCAGAGUCAUGGGCAGGGGAGAAUGGAAGGAGAGACGGCUGGAGAGGAGGUCAGGUGGUGGAGGGCCUUGAUUUGGCUUCUGCUGAGUGAGAUGGGAGCCACUGGAGGGUUUGAACAGAGGAGUGCCUUGAUUGAUUUAUAUUUUGCAAGGGUCAUUCUAGCUGCCAUAUUGUGAAAAACUUUAGUGGACAAGGGCAGAAGGAAGAGGGAAGACCUGUUAGGAAGCUGCUGCAAGAUUCCAGUCUUGGGCCUGGGCCACAGCAACAGCAGUGGCCAAAUCUCUAGAUUUAUUUUGAAAGCAGAGCCAAUAGGAUUUGCUGAGAGGUUGAAUGUGCAGUGUAAGAGAAGGAAGAGUUAAUGAUGACAUUAAGGUUUUCGGCCUGAAUAGCAGGAAAGAUGGAGUUACCAGUUACUGAAACGGAAGGAUGGGCUGGGUAAGUAAGGAAUUUGGUGCAAAGCAGGCUGUCUGUGGUUGGAAUGGGAGGUUCUGGCUGCAAAUCAAAGUGGAGAGUUUUCUCAGGUCAGGUCUGCAGCAGAGCUCGAGACAGGGAUCUGAAUGCACUUGGUUUAUUGUGGGGGGUGCUCUCGGAACCUGUGAAAGCCUCUAUCAGUCAUUUAUUCGCUGUGAGAAGUUCUCUGGGAGUGCUGGUACAUUUGAAGGCAAGUCGCUUCAGUUGAGGGCAAGUCUCUGGAAAAGAGGCUGUAGGCAUCUGGCAACUACCAUGCAUGGUAGUGUGUUGGUGGGUGUGGGGUCCUGGGAACUGGCUCUGUGAAGGGAUCUGGCAGGGCCCCACAGCGCCCCCUACUGAACCAUCAGCAUGUCAGUGGCAUUUAAAGCCAUGCGGCCGGAGGGGCCACUGAGAUUGUCUCUGAGUAUUACGGAGAAGCAACAGAAAAGAGCCAUGGAUGGAGCCCUUGGGCUCUCUGGGAAAUCGGAAAUCAGCCAAAGAGACUGAGAAGGAGUUACCUUAAGGUCAGAGAACACCAAGAGAGUGUGGUGUUCUGGAAGCUGAGCUUUCUUUAUUCAGGCUCAUUCCCUUCCCCAAAGAAGCCACUUGCGUAGUUGGGCCCCUCCAGGGUUGAAGGCAAGAGGAGAAAGGCACAGCGUUUGGGAAACAAGGCUUCUCCUGCAGUAGCCCGGGAAGGAAUAAAAGGAUAGAGUGUUGGGGUUUUUGUGUAAUGGUGGUUAAUUGGGGUGGAACACUCACACACUGUGCUUUUUCUGGGCUUUCCUUAUCCCUCAGAACACUACCAACCUCGGGGAACUCGGGCACAUCCUUCUGUUUCUCCUUCAGUUCUAUCCUGCUUCCCUUAUCCCUCUGACACCAUGUCCUCACUCACCUGCACAAGAAUCCCUGCAUCAGGUUCUCUUUUGAGGGUGCCCAACCCAGGACAGUCCCCUACCACUUCUGUCUUGGGCUGAAGUCGCCCAUGUCCGCAGAGUCUGUACUCCCAGCGGGGGUGUUUGACCCGAAGAGUCAGUGUUAUUAUUGGUGCAUGCACCAUGUCCACAGCAGCCCCCCAGUCCCAGCGAUGCCUCAGAUCUUAUGUGGCUUCCUGCUGGGGGAGAUGGCCGUUGCCCACGGGAUGCCGGGUUCUCCUUUAUUUCCUCACCCCACCCUCUACUCCACCAGAGAAACUUCCUUUUGAACUCAGUGGGGAAGAGGGUGAUGAGACAGGACUAGAAAGUAGUGGAGGACCCAGCGAGUGGACGCCCUGCUCCGGGAUUCCUGAGUCUGUAAAUAGUGUGCCCAGCAGCUGUGAACUCCCCUUAUAGCCCUGGGCUGCAAUGUCCUUCCCAGCUGUGUGAGACAAUGAAAGCCGACGUCCACAGGGACCCAGGCUGGGUUGGGUGUUGUGACUUACUCCACCUCUGUGCCCUGCAGAGGUCCCGUUGGGUCCUUGUCUUGUGAGCUUGGGGUGAGCUUUCUGUACAUGAUGUUGUUCCACAUAUGGGUUGAGUUGGCAUGGUAGCGGGUCCUCGUUUACUCUCUGAAGUUGGCCUCCUUUCACUGGGGAUUGAAAAGCACCUCCACCCCUACCCUAGCGAUGUCGCCUGAGGACCCUGGUGAUAGUACAGUCAAUAUUGUCAGUACUUUGCUUUGAUUGAAGGCUGUGGAGCUGAGUUACCAAAAUUUCUAUUUCAAAGGAAACCAAACCUUAAAAAAAAAAAAAAAAAGUGGGCUGGUUCUUCCAAACCUACCGUGAAACCCUGAUGUGCAGGCUGCACUCAAUGACCUCAACCCAACACCUCCCUGUGUUUCUUGGAAGAGCCUAGAAGAUUCCUGGAUUGAGACCCCAUUGGUUCAGCCUCAGUCUGGCCUGUCUUGAAAAAAACAAACACAUUUGUAAGCUUUGUGGGAGCUUCCAGGCCCGCUGUAAGACGCCUCGCUUGUCCUUUGACCCAUCAGCAUGGAGUUCAGUGGUUGCUCUUUGGUUCUGCAGGCUGGUGGGGAGGCCGCCCAUCGUGGUGGGGCAUCUGUCCAGCCCCAUUGCCACUCAGGGCAUCCAAGCAGGAGGCACCCGCUGGGAAGGGUCUAAAGAUACUCCUUGUGGCCACUGCUACUGUUCACAUUUGACUUGCGGAGAAGUGAAGGGCUGAGGGGAGGUUUGUGUACACACAUGUAAUUAAAAGUGACUAACUGACCGAAGUGAGCACAUACCAACAUAUGCAACAUACUAAUAUCUUCCUGAUUUUUGAGACUUUCUAAUUACUACAACUAACCUGUUGUGCUCACCUCUGGAAUUCAGAAAGAGAGCCACUGCGAGCACUGACCACAAGGGCUGCCUUAGGAAGGAAAUGUGUGCUUUCAGUUCUUAUUAGGGGAAUUUUAAGAGCACAAAAAUUUUAUUGAACCCACCUCAGUGGCAAACAGAAAAUGAUUUGUUAGAUUGUCAGUGCGAAGGGGUUUAUUAUGACUGCUGGUGAAAUAAACAGUGACCGGUUUCUGCCAACAUUUAUGGAAAUAACGUUUCUAAGUUUUAAAUGUGAGCUGUAAACCGAAGCCACUUCAGUUUAAAAAAAAAAAAUCAAUACUUAAACUGUAGGGAAAAGGUGGAUCGGUGCCAGAGAAAACAUUAUUUAAUAGUGUCGGAACAUGGAACUGCAACACAGUUUGUAGCAAGGCACUGAGAAAAACCCACAACUAAUCCUUCAUCGCAGCUGUCUGAACUCUUGAUCAUCUGCCAUCCCCCAAACAGGGACUUCUUUUUUUCUGGUGACUCCAGGCCUGAAUGACCUAGUGUGGAGAGUUUAAACUAUGUACAAGGGAGGAAAGAAAAAACGGAAAGGAACCUUAAGUAAGCCUCAGCCAAAGGUUUUAUGCAUGGGACUUCCUGUGCCUGCAGCCAGGGGCAAGACCGAUCCCCAUGCCUGUCCCCAUGACAUCUCCCUGAAAGAGAAGACACCAUGACAGCCCGGCUUUGCCUUGACUGACCCACUCGUACCCCAGAAAUAAGAAUCAAGAGCAGCCAUGG